GUAAAAUAAAAAUAAAAAACUUAAGCAAUGUGAAGGAAACUUUCGGUCAAAAUUAAUUGUUAAGGAUUUGGCAAACUCAGAAACUUCAUGUGCAGACAAUUCAUCAUUAUUCCAUUUCUGCAUUUAAGCAUUCCUUAAUUGGAAUACUGGAAUUUUGCUAGAAGAUGAAAGCCAUAUUACUUUGUUUAUUGUUGGUGUUUAGCAGUUGCUCUAUUGGUUAUGGCAGAGCCGAAUAUGUGCGCCAUGAAGGAUCGGACAUAAGACCCACAGUGAGAAAUGGAGUAGAUUGUUCAAUAAGUUUAAGUGGCCGUGUGAAGCCUUUUCAGCCGCUCUUUAUAAUACCUCAAACCGACGAAUUUUAUCCUUUUAAUGCAAAUGGAUGUGUCACAUUAAAUAGUGGUGAUAGCAUUGAAUUUGUUUGUUCCGACAGAUUUGCAGCGCCACUUGAAGGGAAAAAUGUAAUUGCGACUUGUGUAAGAGGUUCCAUAUUUAAAGUCAAUGGAAAAGAUAUUGAUGUGUAUUCUAUUUCGUGCACUUCUUGGCAAUAUUUCACAGCCAAACGGACUGGCAAAUCAUGCAAUGGUGGCAUAUUAAUUGAAGUUGGUUUUCAACUGGACGAUAAACGCUUUGCAAAACAAUAUGCAGUUUGUUUCAAUGAAUCAGAAGAAGUAACACGUUAUGUCCAUCACAUGCUCUCACCAGGUAGCAAUAACUUUGCAAUUGGUGUCGAUUGUGGCAGAUUCACAACUGCAAAUUUCUUUCAUAGAGAAGAUGUGGAUAGACUCUAUACAAGAGUACAACAUCAAGCCACAAUCAAUAACUUACUGGGCUGCAGUAAAUAUUUUGAUGACCGCAAUGAUGUUAUACUCACUCGUGGUCAUUUGGCUGCAAAGGCAGAUUUUGUUUAUGCAUCACAACAACGUGCCACUUACAUUUUGAUUAACGCCGCUCCACAGUGGCAUAGUUUCAAUGGUGGAAAUUGGGAAAAAAUUGAGAGCAGUCUACGUUAUUGGGUAUUUAAACAAAAUAAAUAUAUUGAAUGUUGGACUGGCGUUUGGGGUGUGUCUUCACUACUUGAUAUCAACAAUCAAUAUCAACCAUUAUAUUUAGACUACAAUAGUCGCAAUAAUGGUUUGAUACCAGUGCCAAAACUAUUUUUCCGUGUUGUUAUCGAACCGAGUACUGGUAAAGGGAUUGUAUUUGUGGGUGUUAAUAAUCCAUAUUUGUCCCUUGAUGAUAUUUUGAAGGAUUAUGUUCUGUGCCCAGACGUUAGCGAUGUAGUAACGUUUAUUAACUGGAACAAACGAAAUAUAAAGCAAGGAUACUGUUAUGCGUGUGAAGUUGCAGAGUUUGCAAAAGCCGUUCCAAAUCUACCAAAAUUUUCAGUAAACGGAUUAUUAUAUUGAAACUUAUUUCAAAAUUCUCGGCACACAAAAUUCUUAAUCUGUUUUAGAAAAAGAUACACGUCUACUGAAACAAAAUAUAUAACUCUUUUAUAUUUUUUAAACUUUUUAAUGCAAUAAAAAAUUGUG